AUGGCAAUGGGGAAGUAUUCUCGUGUAGACGGGAAGAAGUCAUCAGGCUAUGGCUUAACCAUUACCAUAGUUUUGGUUGUUUCUCUGUGUUUGGUUGGGGCGUGGAUGUUCAUGUCCUCAUGGUCUGCUCCAACUGAGUCUGUUGACUUCUCUGCAAGCGAGGCUUCAAAAGAUGUGGAAACUAGUACUACUACUACUAAGAGUGAUGAAGAAGUUGAGCGAGGUUCCAAGAGUUUCUCGGAUGAAAAGACUGAGGAGACUGAGGUUGUCACAGAGAGCAGCGAAGAGAAGCCUGAUCCUGAGAAAACAGAACAGGUUGAGGAAAAAAAGGAAUUUGAGGACAAGAAUGGUGAUGGUGAUAGAAAAGAUGGAGAGAGUGAGAAAGAGACGGAGCCAGAAACUGAUGAAGCGAAGCAAAAGGAGAAAACGCAACUGGAAGAGAGCUCGGAAGAGAACAAAUCCGAGGAUGGUAAUGUAACGGAAGAAAACGCUGGUGAAUCUGAAGAGAACAGUGAGAAGAAGACAGAAGAGAACGCUGGUGAAACUGAAGAGACUACUGAGAAGAGCAAGGAUGUUUUCCCAGCUGGUGACCAGGCUGAGAUCACAAAGGAGUCAAGCACUGGAAGUGGGGCUUGGUCUACACAAUUGGUUGAGUCGCAGAACGAGAAGAAAGCACAAGUGUCCUCGAUCAAAUGGAAGCUCUGCAAUGUAACAGCUGGACCAGACUACAUUCCAUGCCUUGAUAACUGGCAAGCUAUCAGAAAGCUUCAUUCCACUAAGCAUUAUGAGCAUCGUGAGAGGCAUUGUCCUGAGGAGUCUCCACGCUGCCUCGUUGCUCUUCCUGAAGGGUAUAAGCGAUCCAUCAAGUGGCCUAAGAGCAGAGAAAAGAUCUGGUACAACAAUAUUCCUCACACCAAGCUUGCGGAAGUAAAGGGACAUCAGAACUGGGUUAAGAUGAGUGGUGAAUAUCUAACAUUCCCUGGUGGAGGUACUCAGUUCAAGAACGGUGCUCUUCACUACAUAGAUUUCCUCCAAGAGUCAUAUCCUGAUAUUGCGUGGGGAAACAGAACCCGUGUUAUACUGGAUGUUGGGUGUGGGGUUGCUAGCUUCGGAGGAUACCUUUUUGAUAGGGAUGUUCUUGCUUUGUCAUUUGCUCCCAAAGAUGAGCACGAGGCGCAAGUGCAGUUUGCCUUGGAACGUGGUAUUCCUGCAAUGUCGAAUGUUAUGGGAACCAAGAGAUUACCUUUCCCAGGAUCUGUUUUUGACCUUAUCCAUUGUGCUCGUUGUAGAGUCCCUUGGCACAUCGAAGGUGGUAAGCUACUUUUGGAAUUGAAUCGUGCAUUGAGGCCUGGUGGUUUCUUUGUCUGGUCGGCAACUCCGGUUUACAGGAAGACGGAAGAAGACGUUGGCAUAUGGAAAGCUAUGUCUGAGCUAACAAAGGCAAUGUGCUGGAAACUGAUGACGAUUAAGAAAGACGAACUGAAUGAAGUUGGUGCUGCCAUUUACCAAAAGCCAAUGACGAAUAAAUGCUACAACAAAAGAUCUCAAAAUGAGCCACCUCUCUGCAAAGACUCUGAUGAUCAAAAUGCUGCGUGGAAUGUUCCACUUGAGGCAUGCAUGCACAAGGUUACAGAAGAUUCAUCAAAACGCGGAGCAGUAUGGCCUGAGAAUUGGCCAGAGAGAGUGGAGACUGUUCCUCAGUGGCUAGAGUCUCAGGAAGGCGUAUAUGGAAAGCCUGCUCAAGAGGAUUUCACAGCGGACCAUGAACGCUGGAAGUCUAUUGUUUCAAAGUCAUACCUCAACGGGAUGGGAAUCGAUUGGUCUUACGUGAGAAAUGUGAUGGACAUGAGAGCUGUCUAUGGAGGUUUUGCUGCUGCAUUGAAGGAUCUGAAACUGUGGGUGAUGAAUGUGGUUCCUAUCGACUCACCUGAUACACUUCCGAUCAUAUAUGAACGUGGUUUGUUUGGAAUCUAUCAUGACUGGUGUGAAUCAUUCAGCACUUACCCUCGCACUUACGACCUUCUUCACGCUGAUCAUCUUUUCUCUGCGCUAAAGAAGAGGUGUAGCUUGGUGUCUGUAAUGGCUGAAGUAGACCGGAUUCUUAGACCACAAGGAACUUUUAUAGUAAGAGAUGACGCGGAGACGAUAGGAGAGAUUGAGAAGAUGGUGAAGUCGAUGAAAUGGAAUGUAAGAAUGACGCAUUCCAAAGAUGGAGAAGGUUUGCUCUCUGUUCAGAAAUCAUGGUGGCGUCCUACAGAGGUUGAGACAAUUACGUCGGCAAUAGCCUGA